GACGCAGGAUCCUUCCGUCAGUCGUCUCUAGCAUAGAGACGGUAGAACAAAUAUUCUAGAUAACCCCGUGCAGUCGCAGAUACGGUGAAAUAUAAAUCAUCGACCCACUUCCUCAGCCCUAUAUAGUCAACUCGCCGAUCGCUGCUGCACUUGAUCUCAUGCGACAAGCCUUGCAUAAAAGUGUGGUGUCGUCGUCACUAUCACAUUACUUCCCUAGAUCGUGAGCUCUAGAUCAUGGCCGCGACGGGCAUACCCCUCCUCUUCCCCGAUCCCCAACCGCAAGCCGUACCCGUCUAUCUUACACCUUCCACGGCCACCGUUUCUGACUCAAGCUUCUCUUGGAAUAUGGCGCCCCGUAUGGAGGAGCAACAUCCGAACGCAAAUCUAAGGCCAAAUGCUUCUCAACAGCGCAGAUCUAUCAGCCCACGCACAACCGCCACAAAUGCUCCAGCAAAAGCGACAAGCAACGACAAUGCGGGGCCCAGUUUAUCUUGGGUUGUUGGCAAUAACCCCCAGGAGAUGCGAUCGAAGAAGAACAUGACCACAGUGCGCAAGAGAGCGAUGAGGGCGUUCUUGGAAACGAACAGCAAGGACCCCAGGAAGACCAAGAACCCAGUCGACCACCAACUCCGCCUUAGUGUGAGUUCCACUCGUUCGAACGCAAGCACUCCAAAUCGGGAUGUUGCAACAACUGUAAAUGAGGGAUAUGUCGGGGGUGAAGGCGGAGUGUCGCAAAGCUCUACAAUUAUAUCAACAGUACCGACAGCAUCGCAACCCAUUCAGCACUCAUCGACUCCAGACACUCAGAUGUCUUCAAUGCUAAUACUCGGACCGGCGCCUAUGGUCAUCCCUGUGAGGACUAGCGACCAUGGCGAGAGGUUGCCGUACGAUCGCACAGAGGCACCACUGUUCGUGUCCCUGGGCAAGAACAUCGACCCAUUCAGGACAAUGUUCCAGUCAACCUACAAAGUGGUUUCUGUGGAAAGAAUGAAGUUCCUGUGCGCAAGAUUCUUUGGCACAUACGCCAUGGGGCAGAGAUGGAUACCCACUGUGCUAAGCGCACCACACACUUAUCUGAGCACCUUGGUCUGCGCCUCCGCGCAUCUGGACGUCAUUCUCGAGCGAAGCACAGAAAGUCCCGAGACACUAGCUCUUCGGCACGAAGUGAUGCAUCUCAUUGAUCGAAACAUACUGUAUCCAAACAAGCAGGUGGACGAUCUCAACAUCACCGCGUUGACCCAGCUCAUCGUGAGCGAAGUGAUUGGGCGGCGUGAAAUCGCGCUGAAGUUCCACGCCAAAGGUAUCCGAGCCAUGUUUGAACAACGCGGUGGUCUGAGCCAGCUGGGUCUAAAUGGUUACCUUGCAUCCACAAUCACGUGGACCAUGCUCGAGUCAGCGAUUCUGUCAGAGAGCAAGCCUGAGGAGGUGUACUUGGAGUAUGGUACUGCGCAUUCAACAAGGUACCCAGCCUAUCCGGUGACCGCAACCAUUCCAGAGUCGCCAAUCUACCGCCCACGGCCCCAAUUCGAAACCCUCAAGAGGUCGAGAUCUUGCACAAAGCAGACCCUAGACCUUCUCGACGACGUCCACGUCAUGAUCGAACUCUUCCUCAAUCCAAGCAGAUCUCUUCGACGAGACUCGAAGACUCUCCUCAGUCUGUACAAUGACAUCCUUACCAACUACCCACCCAUAUCCCGAGCGCAGGGUACGACACGCAGUGACUACAGAUACGAAGCAGUCCGUAUCACAGCCAUCCUUCAGGCCACGGCGAUCAUGAAUCGCAUCCCAUUGUCGAGCGCUCUUUCUCGGGGGAUAAACACAGGGCCAAAAAACUCAUGGCCUUUGUACAACUUCCCACCAACAUCCGGUUCGGACUUCCCUCCAGCAUCACCAGCUUCACCGACAAACCUACGCCAUGACUCUACAGCAAGCCUAUACGCAAGUAGUCUUGCUCCCGAAGAAGCAGCGAACCCAUACUUCGACCCGGCACGAUCCUCAUUUUCUUCGAUCCGGACCUCCAAUCCGUCCAUCUCCUCAUCAGUAUCCCACCCGUCGUUUUCAUCAAUCGCAACAUCACAUUCGUCCCUAUCCUCAUCAACAGUACCAUACCCGACAACCUCGCGCCCGAAAUUGUCCACAACAACAUCCUACCCUUCCGACUACAGCCUCUUCCCCCAAUCCACAGCCGCCGCUCAAAACGAAACCACCCUCCUCAAGGACCUCAAAGCCGUCCUCGACAACUCCAACAUGUCGGAGUGCUGGCAAGACAUGGCCGGCGUGCUCCUGUGGAUCGGCCUGACCAUCGGCGCCGCAAGCCACAAGAGCGAAGACAUGGUGCUCAAGCGGUGGUACUCGGGACUCUCGAUGCGUGCCAGCAUACUCCUAUGCUUCGAGCACCCUGAGGCUACCAACGCGACGAUGCUGCGGAUGGGCCAGCUGAUCGAAGCGCUGGGGCUGGCGGGCGCGUCGAGUGCGCGGGACAUUGCUGGCGGGUCUGUGGGGAGGGACGGCGCGGCGCCGGCGAAGAAGAGGAGGGUUUGAGGGCACCGUGGAAGGGUUCUCCUGCUCGAAUCGAGUCAGGAGGGAGACGUUGGAUUAAGCUUCCCCGGUGUGGCGAGGUGUUCGGCGUCUCCGAUGUGGGUCUUACGGCAAGGCUGAGGGAGGGUGCCUGAGGCCCACAUAGUCAGCUUGUCUGUUCGUGUAUAUACUUGCGCCUGUAUUGUAUGGGAGUUUGUGGUAUGCAUCGUGGUUGGAUAUGUACUACACAGCAAUUGCAUACGUCAGUCACUUUAUCUUCAACACGUGAGUCUUGACGAAUGGAUGUAGGU